AUCGUAACAGACCCGUUCAUAACAGACAGAUGAACGAUAUAACUCUACGCACAGCAGUAGUCAGCCGUCGAAAAAGCCAUCAUGACUGAAUUUCGAUAAAUAACUAAAUAACUUCUUCACGUAAACGAAAAUGGGAAAUUUUAGGUUAUGUUUUUAAUUUUCGAAAUUUGAUUGUAACACGUAAUCGAAAAUUGCUCAUUACUAAAAAUAAUAUUUAAACAUUCGAUUUCAUACAUUGAUACAUACACGGUCAUACUAACCCUAUAUCUAAUAUCACAUGUGGGCCCAAACGAAAUCUUUCCUGAUGGAUGCUACAUGGCAAUAUAGACAUUAUAAUCUUCGUACUUAUAAUAUUAACCAGCAAGAAGAGGCCCACAAGGAACCUGUAAAUCAUGUAGGAAGAAGAAUACGCCCUGUAUGGCUGCAUCUUAUAACAAUAUUUUUCUCAAAGAAAAUGUUUUUUUCCGCAGUAAAGAUUGGUAUUGCUGGAGGUAUUAUGUUCCAAUAUCAUGCUCGUCUUGGUCUUUAUUUACUGCUCUUAGCAGCUUUCCUGGAUUUUAUGUGAUCAUAACAAGCAGCUUCUUUUUGAAUCUUUUUAUUUAUAGAUAUUUAUUUUUCUUUCUUUUACCCGUAAAAUCUUUUAAGUGAUCGUAUUAUCAAGUCUUACAAGUAUUAAAUAAAAGAAUGUCUAUUGCAAGAAUUGCUCGUGUUACAAAUUGUCUAGCUAAUAGCAGAUUUAAAAUAGCAUCUUGUGCUAUUUCGUGUCAGUCAUAUACAAGAGUUCGUAAGCUAUCUCAAGUGCAAUACAAGUCUCAAGUUCAAGUUCUCCAGCUUAUCAAGGCCCAAAAAUGCAACUUUCAUACUUCAGAAAGAAGGGAUAUUCACCCUGUUCUUGCUGUGAUUAUACGGCCUGUGAUUAGAAUUGCAGCCUUAAUUUUUGGAAGAAAGUUCAAAAAAUGGUAUGCUAGUAGAACUCCUGAAGAAAGAGAAGAAUUCUUGAAGUGGUUCCGAGCAAAGAGAAAGUAUUUUUUAGGUUUCAUAAGUUUGUACUUUUUUUCUUUGUUUCUCUACUAUCUUGCCCAUCUGGAGUAUGACCCUAUUACUAAACGUUCACAGUUCAUCAUGUUAAAUGAAAAACAACAAGAAAAACUUGCUAAAUUAACCUUUGAAACGCAUUUACAAGAAUUUCAAUCUAUUUUGUUGCCAAAAACACAUCCUACAUACUCUAAACUUUUGAGGGUUACUGCCAAACUGAUUAAUGCUAAUAGAGAUAUGCCUAAUUUCAAAAAUAAAAAGUGGACUUUGACAGUUGUUGAUUCUCCUUUGAAAAAUGCUUAUGUUUUACCUGGUGGAAAUAUUUUUGUGUUCAUGGGAACUUUACAAAUGGUAGAAAAUGAUGAUCAACUAGCAAUUGUAUUAGCCCAUGAGAUGGCUCACGCUGUGCUGAAGCAUUCGUACGAGCAGGUCUCAAGAGGAAUUAUUAUUGAACUAAUGCUUGCUUUACCAAUAGCAGCUACAUGGGCUGUAUUCCCAGACCUGCUGGCAGGGUUCUUGUUGUUGCUAGGCCAAUCUAUUGUAGAUGUCUUUCAUACCUUGCCUUAUAGCAGGGCUCUUGAAACAGAAGCAGAUACAAUAGGAUUACUGAUUGCUGCUAAAGCAUGCAUAGAUAUUCGAGAAGCUGUAGUCUUUUGGGGUACAAUGCGAACUUUGACUGACUUAGAGAUUGAACCUAAUCAAAUUCCAUGGUUAUCAACACAUCCAGAUCAUGGAGAUAGAGAAAAAAGAAUAAACGAUCUAUUAACACAAGCUCUUCAGUUUCGAAGUAAAGCAGGAUGUCCUGCAUUGAGCAAUGUUGAUCCUCGGAUAUUAUUUUAUCAGCGAUCACGUGAACAGCAAUUACAACGUCUAAAACAACGAGGAGUUAUACAUACUUAAAGACUAAGCAUGGACUUGAGUUCUGUUUAUAAUUUAUAAGUGAUCAAAAUUCAUCAAUACCUAAUAGGUAAAAUAAUUCAAGUAAAUCGAUAAACUGUCUAUAAAUUUAUGAAUUUUUCAAUUUACAAAGUAAAUAAGAAUUCACGUAUUAAUAUUGCAAAAAAAAUUAUUGAAUUGUUUAAAAUACAUUCAAUGUUUUAAACUUAAUACAAAAAUAAACUUACAAAAUUAAAGAGA